AUGGAAACCCUUGUUCAUUACCUCUUGAUUGAGGACUACUUAAACAAAGAUUCCAACAUUGGAGUCUGGCUCUUGAUGGGCAACAUUGUCCAAAUUGCUAUCCGCAUGGGCUACCAUCGAGAUCCCCAGCACUUCAAAUCCUUAUCUAUCUAUCAGGGCGAAAUGAGGCGCCGGAUGUGGGCUCUUAUAUACUCGCUUGACAUAGGCUUCUCGACGCAGAUGGGCCUCCCAAGCAGCAUCAAGCACUCUCUCAGCGACACCAUGCCACCUCGAAAUCUUCAGGACCGCGAAUUUGACGCGAGCUCGACUAUCCUGUCGCCAGCGAGACCUAUUGAUGAACUUACCUCGAGCACUGUGAUCAUCGCCAAAUUUCACGUUGCUACCAGCUUGGGUGUCAUAUUAGACAAGCGAAUCAACUUUGACAUGCAUUUCCAGAGAUCCCGGAUCCUAGUCAACUGGAAAUUUCUCAGUACCUCGAAGGACACGACUCACAACAAUCAGUGCUGGAGUAUCGUGAUUGAGGCGGCCUUAGAGAUUAUGCGGCUGCAGCACCGCAUGGAGGAUGAGUCCGAGGUCUUGGACGCGCUCCGCCCUACUGGAAUGGUCGACUCGUGCUUCAUAAACAAUGGGUACUUCCUAGCUGCAAGUAUCGCCUGCUUUCUUUUGCAGCAUCGUAAGGACAGGUUGUCGGUUCAGGAUCUGUUAGAAGUUCGCAGCCUGUUAGAGAAGAGCCUAGCCAUCUGGAGCCGCACAAACGACUUAUCGAGAGAGGCAAGCAAAGUGGUCACGGCUCUGAAGGUCGUACUCGGACCACGCGAGGAGCCCACUACACACUCUACAAUAGACGUAGGGCGUCACCUCAAGCGAGUGGAGGUGAGAAGCCAACACAUUAUCACAAAGAUCCAGAUCUAA